UGCAUGGCUCCCUCCAUCUCCCCUUAACCACUUCCUUCCAUUCCUCCAUCCAUUCCAAUCAACCCCCACCGCCGCAUCUCCCCGCCGCCGGCCGUUUGAGAUGUCACACGGACCCCGCGGCGGCAAGCCUCCACUGCCGCCUGCCGCCGUCAACAAGGCGAGGCGUAGGGCGCCGCCGGUGGAUCCCUACGGCGGUAACAUGAUUCCGACGGUUGGGAUUUUGGAGCUGUUGAGAUUCAUGUUGAGAAUGUGUUUGAGAUUGACUCAGAUUACGAGGAAGGUGGUGGGGCCGGGGAAGAGCCUUAGCCGGUGGGUCGUCGGAGCUUUGACGUUUGUGGCGGUUUUCACGGUUUUGGGGAAGAUGAUGCUCAUGCAUAGCUUUCUUCAGGUCCAUGCUAUGAUGAGCCCCCGUGACUUCUUGCAGCUGCCGUCGUCUCGGCGGCCGUCCGUCGUGGUAGGGGGUGGCGACGCCGUGCAUGCCCGGGUUUCUAAAUUUAACGAUACUGAAAUUUGGGGAAACAAUCAUAGCGACAGCUACACCAAGUGCAUCGAUCGACCAAGAGAAACAAGGCUCGAAAAUAGCAGUAAUGGGUACAUCAUUGUCCAUGCAAACGGUGGACUUAAUCAAAUGAAAACUGGGAUAAGUGAUAUGGUAGCUAUAGCUAAAUUAAUGAAUGCCACAUUGGUACUUCCUUUUUUGGAUCACAAGUCCUUUUGGACUGACCCCAGUGAAUUCAAAGAUAUCUUUGACUGGCAACACUUCAUAAAGUCGUUGGGAGAUGAUAUUCAAGUUGUAGAAUCCCUUCCUCUCCAUCUUGCUGAUGUUAAGCCACUAAAGAAAACUCCAGUUUCUUGGUCAAAGCCCAGUUACUACAGCAAAGACAUUCUUAAACUAUUAAAGAAACACAAAGUGAUAGAAUUCACUCACUCUGAUUCCCGCCUAGCCAACAAUGGAAUCCCAGACUCGAUCCAAAAACUGAGAUGCCAUGCUAUGUAUGAAGCGCUACGUUUUGCAGAUGGAAUAGAAACACUUGCAAAGAAGUUAGUAAGCAGACUCAAAGAAAAUGGAGAUCCUUACAUUGCACUGCACUUAAGGUAUGAAAAAGAUAUGCUAGCAUUCACUGGGUGUAAUCACAACCUUACCAAAAAGGAAGCAGAUGAGCUUCAGAUGCUAAGGCAAAAAACCAGACACUGGAAGGAGAAACGGAUAAACGGGACAGAGAGGCGGAUCCAAGGGGUAUGCCCUUUAACUCCCCGAGAGGCUAGCCUUUUCCUUGAGGCGAUGGGGUAUCCAUCCAACACAAAGAUAUAUACAGUUUCUGGAACCAUCUUUGGGAAGAGCGGAAUGAAUGCUUUGUUGGAGAAGUACCCAAACGUAUACUCUCAUUCCAACUUAGCAACUGAAGAAGAACUGAAGCACUUCAUGGGUAGGGAGAACCAGCUAGCUGCCUUGGAUUACAUUGUGGCGGUUGAGAGUGAUGUGUUUGUUUACACAUAUGAUGGGAACAUGGCGAAAGCUGUGCGAGGACAUAGGAUGUUUGAAGGCUUCCGCAAAACUAUCAAUCCUGACAAGAAAAAAUUCAUUAAGCUUUUGGACGAAAUGGACAAGGGGAAAUUACCCUGGGAAGAGUUUGCAACAAAAUUGAGACACUUGCACAAGAACAGAACAGGAGCACCAACCCCAAGAGUGGUAGGACAGUCACCACCUAAGAUGGAGGAGAACUUUUAUGCUCAUCCACUCCCAGAAUGUCUUUGUCACAGAAGAUAACCCCUUUGAUCACAUUUCCAUCCCCACCAGUUGCGUGGAAAAGCAGCAACUCAU